GUUUUGUGAGAAAGCGUGCUUGAGUGAAACGGGGCGAUGACUAGAUCACGAGGAAAUAGAAAUGAGAAUGGAGCAGAGACUCAAAGGAAGGAGGAUACAGGUGAAGAGGAUGAUGGAAUGGAGACACCAAUGCAAGAAUGGAUCCAUCUAACAUAACAUCUUCAACGGUUAAUGAUUCACAAGUGUGCGCCUCAAUCGAUGACUUCCGUAACCAAGUCUAUUCAACGGUAUAUUCCAUCAUCACCGUCUUAGGGCUGAUGGGUAAUGGCUUCGCAUUGUACGUGCUCCUUCGUACCUACCGUCAGAAAUCAGCCUUCCACAUCUACAUGCUGAACUUGGCCGUGUCAGACCUGCUGUGUGUCAGCACUCUACCACUGCGGGUGCUUUACUACGUCAACAAAGGACAGUGGAACCUGGGGGACUUUCUCUGCCGUUUAAGUUCCUACGCGCUGUACGUGAAUCUCUACUGCAGUGUCUUCUUCAUGAUGGCCAUGAGUUUUACCCGCUUCCUAGCAAUUGUGUUCCCGGUGCAGAACCUGAGGCUAGCCACUGAGAAGAAGGCAUGGAUAGUUUGUGUGUGCAUUUGGGUCUUCAUUUGCACCACCAGUUCACCCUUCCUCCUCUCUGGUCAGCAUACUGAUCCAAAGUCUAACAAAACCAAGUGUUUUGAACCACCAGAAACGUCCAAAAGUCUGGAUAAACUGAUCAUGCUGAAUUACUUUUCCCUGGUGGUGGGUUUUAUUAUUCCCUUCCUGGUCAUCUUGCUGUGCUACGCUGGAAUCUUGCGCACUCUGCUUAGAAACACUAACGGUGCGAAUAAGCAGCGUUACACACGUAACAAGGCCAUUCGGAUGAUUAUUGUGGUGAUGCUGGCUUUCUUGGUUAGUUUUAUGCCCUAUCAUAUACAACGCACACUGCAUCUCCACUUUAAAAACCGCAAAGAAGCUAACUGUGAGGAGAUUAUUUAUAUGCAGAAGUCUGUGGUCAUCACCCUCUGCCUGGCUGCUGCUAACUCAUGCUUUGACCCAAUGCUCUACUUCUUCUCUGGAGAGAAUUUUCGACACCGACUAUCCACCUUCCGAAGGGCUUCUGGAAACAUCAGUGGAACUCACAAAGGACGCCAUGCUGUCCAAAGCUCCCCGCCUGUGGAGGAGAGUGAAUUGCAAAGUUGUAACGGUUCAAACAAACUUGGGUAGAGGCAAUGGAAGUGCUGAUUUUCUGUCAGUGCAGAGGCAGAUUUCCUGAGACUACAUAAAGAUUAUUAUUCAAAGUAGUUUUAAGAAUAAAGAGAAGAGGUUCUUAUGUAGCCUACUACCUUUGAGUAUUAAUACUGUAAAAUGGAACUAUAGAUCUUGUGCAUGAUUACAAACAAUAAUAUAUACAUUUCAUAUAUAUAUAUAUAUAUAUAUACACAUACAUACAUACACAUUUCAAAAUUUACAGGAAUACAAAAAAGUACUAAAAAUUACUUGGGAUAUAAACUUUUUCAAAACGCAUUUCAUAGUACUGAUAACUGAACUCCUUACUGGUAAAUUGUUAUUGGAUGAAGUAUUUCUUUUUUGUUAAUUAAUGAUUUAAGAGGACACACACAAAAACAAACAAAACAUCAUAUAAAUAGACUGCAUUCUACAUACUAUGUGUAUUCAUUGUGAAAUAUUCUUAUAGCAGCAUUUGGGGAUGUAUCAAUGUAAAUGCGUAAUGUAACUUACUGUAAAUACUGAAUCUUGAAAACCUCUUCUUAGAACACAGGACUGAAAUCCUCUUCAAACCACUCUCUAAAUAGCACAGUGACUGCCUUUACAUAUUUGAAUGCAUCAGAUCAUUCCAAAACAACGUUAAGAGGGGUUAUAAUCAAAUACAAGUUCAUUGCAUAAUUCUAUAUUAAAUGUGUAACUCGUACAUUUGACUAUCAUGUUUUAAUCACUCACUGUUGUUACGUUCCAUGGUUGUUUAUUUAUAUAAAAUUAUUGUUGGAUGCAGUGUGCUUUUCUCUCUCUUUCUGUGUCUUAUACUGCCUUCACGUACUAUUGGAAUUAUCGUAAAUAUGAGUUUCCCAUAAUCGGAAAUUAGACGUGAACGCCUCUCAAGUCGUAUUUACUACUGGGAAAUUCUGAAAUAAUUUUGAUUCCAGAGUUUUCAAGUUGGGCGGGCCAUAACCUUUAAACAUGGUGGAGAGGACAACAAUUGCUGCUGUCAAUGCUGUUCUCACAACAACUUUGUCAUGUUGCUUAAGUAGUGUAUUUAUAGGCUACACAUGAACGAUCAUUUGAAGCAUUUUGUAUGUUUUCCAAACAGUGAAAUUAGCAUGUAUUUGACAGAAAUUCUAGAAUUAUCAGCAAUCUGCUUAUGUAGCGUGUGAAUGUUUAUAUGAUUGUCAACCUAUGGGAUGCUACAUUUUAUUCUUUCCGACAGCAAAGCUCUUGAAUGCGACAAGCUCGUAAUCACGACUUCAUAAGUGGGAAAUAGGAACUUUCCGAUAGCACGUGAAGGCAGCAUUACCUGCUGCUCAAGCAGGCGCGGAGGAGAGGGAGGUGAUCGCUUGCACCUGCUGCUCGUUACUGUGCAGCGGCCGCAAGCUCAAAAGUUGUUCAAAAUGUCUGCCACAAGCUUGUCUUCCAGAGUGAUGUUCCUCUUGCCUCAAGAGAUUGAUCUUGUGUAUAACUUAUGACUCUUUUAAGGUUGUCUAGGGGAAAAAGGAGUAUCAUUGAGAUGGUGGCAAAUCUGUAAAAUGAUGGAGGCGGCAAGACACAAAGCAAGGACACAAGCUGCCAACAAAAGUGAUUUAUUAUACAAAGUGCAAAAAAAUCCAUAUAAUUACAAAGUAUGAAAAUAUAAAUCAAUAAAGAAACAACCAAUAUGUACAAAUUUACAAUUCAGAAAAAAAAGAAAAUGAACAAAAAAACAAAUCAACCCAAGAGUGAAAGGUGUAGUGACGGCAAAAAAGAAAAAAGAAAGAAAGAAACCCCAAAAAAAAACACUUCUAGCUUAUUUUAAACCUCUAACCUAACCAAAGAAAAAAAAAAAAAAAAAGAAACCAAAUCUUCAACUCCAAGCGCCCGUAUACUUCCCUACUCUCAACUAAUAAAAAUUAAACAUACAAGGGGUGGCGUUCACCUCUUACCUAGGGUGUCUAAACAUUGAGUUACCUAAGUGUUGCACAAUGGAAGUCACACGACAUCUUCCCUGUCCACCUUCCUCUUGAGUAAAGAGUAAACGUCAUGGAGCGUAAGCUCAUCCGAGUAACAAAGUAAUGAAAUGGCAAAUCAAAAAGUGGUAAGGAUCAAAAAUGUCAGAACAAAACAAAAAGGAUUUUGACAUAAACGAAUAACAUAUAAGGCAGGUCAAAACGAGUAAAAUGACAGAAAAAACAGGGAGCAAAAGAGGUCUCCAUUCUUUUAUCUGCCAGCGGAAACUUUACUGGCAGCAGAUCGGCGCCUGUUGAACUCCAGUGGUUAGCGUUGUUGAUGGAGCUACUUGUCCUUGUUUGUUGGAGGGAGGUGGGUGCUAUUUUAUUUCUGUGAAUCCUUUUCUCCUGUUUUUGCUUAGUUAGGGAGUUAGUGUACAUUUUUGUUGUUAAAUUUAAUUUAAUUUUGUGAGUUUAGACAGUUUUACUCCCUGACCAGUCGGAGGGUCCUUCUGUUUGUUGUUUUGGCCUUUCCCCCUCCCGAAGUCUAUUUUUGAUUCCCAUUUUACUUUUUUUUUUUAAUUUGUCAUUUGUGCUUUUGUUAAUAAAUUACUUGAAUUUGGAA